AUGUCGAGCCGGCCAGCACCACCAGCUGGAGGCGGGGCCUCAUCAUCCCCAUCAGCCCAAGCCCCCUUGGCUCGCAUGACGGAUGCAACCACUGGACCUGGACCUGGACCAGCAUCCACCAAGCUAGCCGCUCUCUCUAUCGACUCUUACCAUCUCGACUCGCCGCCUUUCACAGGCACUGCCGUCGGUGGGCCUCCCCUGGCAGAAGCUGGUGCGAAAUUAGCAGCAUCACGAAAUAUUGAGACACCAAAGGACAUGGCACAACAGCGAGUUGGCGUCAAUGGACAGAUCACUGGCGCAUCGCCUUUGUCUAAUGAAAUUGCGAGCACUUCGUCAGAUAGCGCAGCGUCGAGCGGCGGGCAUGAAGAUGAAGGCCAAGGGCACGAUGGCGAUGUGCCUCAAUGGUUGCUAGACAGUCGUCGACACUCCGUCGAAGCGGGCGACUACUCUCAAUCAGCAAAUGCGAGUCCAUCGACCAUUCGACCCACCUUUCCUUCUCAUUCCGCAUCUCGAGCGUUUCAACCUAGCACGUCCACCGUCAGGGAAUCAUCCCCUCAUUCGUCCAGCACGACCACACACACAGCAGCUUCAAGCGCUAGUCGUCAGGCCGAGGCAAUGUCCAUCACCACUGUGCUCUCACAGCAAGAAAGGCAGGGACGUCCAGCAUACGCUCAAACUGAAGACGUCGAUGGGAUAGGCCAGGAGUCAGCCAGUCAUCCGGCUGAUGCGUAUGACGAGCUGGAUGUCGAAGAGCUAGGUGUCGCUUCGUACGGAGAGGUCCCUCGUCAAGCUCAGGGCAAGGUGCGCGGACUGUCUCCCGGCUACUUUGGGUGCAUACAAGGGCGAUUUGGCUAAUCAAUGCGCUCCACCGCCCCUUCUGUUCAUCAGGCCGAUUACGUAUUUCCCAGGCAUCGUCUGCCAACGCGCAUGCGUGACGAGUCCAAGAUCCCACUUGUCAUCGUAGCCUGCGGAAGCUUCUCACCUCCCACCUAUCUGCAUUUGUGAGUGGGAAAAGGCGCUGUCUGGUAUAAUCACAAAGCGUCUGCUGAUUCGAACUAGCACUCAUCAAGACGCAUCUUCGAGAUGGCGAAAGAUCAAGUGAUCGAGGAGGGCAAGUACGAGCUCUUGGGAGGCUACUACUCUCCAGUGUCUGACUACUACAAGAAGGACGGCUUAGCAAAAGCUACGCAUCGAGUGCGGAUGUGCGAGUGAGUAUGCUUUUACCUCGCAAUGACAUUUCACUCAUGCACGCGCGGUCAGCUUAGGUGCUAUGCUAUCCUUUGAAAUCGCAGGCUCGCAGUCGAAAAGACAUCGACCUGGCUAAUGGUGGAUGCUUGGGAAUCUCUACAGGACGAGUACCAAAGGACUGCUGUAGUGCUCGACCACUUCAACGAAGAAAUCAACGGACGCGCCGAAGGGGGAGUCAUGCUAGCUGACGGGAGCAAAAGGAGAAUAAGAAUCAUGCUUCUUGCAGGUGGUGAUCUUAUUCAAAGCAUGGGUGAACCGGGGGUCUGGGCCGAAGACGACGUAAGUGAAGCCUCGCUUUGGGUUCCAUUCUCAUCGAUCUCACUCACUUGGCGUUUCUUUGCAGUUGCAUCACAUUCUUGGACGCUACGGUUGCAUGAUCGUGGAACGGACCGGAGCAGACGUCUGGUCCUUCCUCCUCUCCCAUGACCUCCUGUGGAAGUACAGACGAAAUCUGAACGUGGUGACCCAAGUCAUCUACGACGAUGUCAGCAGUUCCAAGAUCAGAUUAUUUAUUCGAAGAGGAAAGAGCAUACGUUAUCUCUUACCUCAAGCCGUCGUUCAUUACAUGGCCGAAAAUCAAUUGGUGAGCGUCUGGGCGCCGCGAAAGUGCUCUUGCCUCGCCCCACUCGAUCCCAUUCCUGUAUGCUGCCCCUGCGCACCACUGACAAUUUGUUUGCCGUUUGCGCGCCACCUUCCGCAAUCAGUAUCGCUUGCCUGCAGACGAUGUUGGCGAGCCGGUCGACGCUGACAAAACGUUGACAGAGUACAAAACCAAGAAUGGAUAG